GCACGUGGCCGUCCGGGGAUGCCAUAAUUUAUAAAAGGAAACUGUUAUCCAGGUGUGACUUCUCUGAAGCUGCUGAAGCUUCAACGACUGCUCUAACCGGCAGCUGAAGCUUCAACGACUGGUCACUCUCCCAAGAGUCGAAGAGUCGGUAAGAGCAACCCAAUCCUCCCAUCCAAAUUCCUGUUUUGCAGGUCAUCAUCCCAAACAAACAAGCCAUUGCAGUUUCGCAGAGAAGGGAAAAGUGCAAACUUGCGUAACAACGUGCUGAAACCCAAAAGCCCUCUCAUGUCCCUGUUCCAUUUCUCCAUUUUGUUCUUCGUGUUGGGUUUGGGUUCUCCUGCUUUUAACUCUGGUUUUGUUAUUGGGCGUGAAUACCCACAUAGGAAGCUUGCAGACGCUUCCUGUCCUUUAGACUUCGAUGCUCUACGCAAUCUCAUUCGAGGUUCGAAACCGCCUGAUCUUCCUGAUGUCUAUUCCAAGUGUCAAUACGUUCUUCAAGGCCUCCGUCUUGUUGAAUCCUUGUAUAUUAAAACCAGUGGGUUCUUCCUCCCUCCCUUAAAUGCCUCUGAUUCGUGUUGGGUUUCAUACCAAUCCUUGAUCAAUGAACUCGUCAUCCCCAACUUCGACAUUCGCUCCUCCUGCGGCUUCCAAACCAAUUGGAUUUCGGAAGGGUGUAUGAAUAUUACAACUCGCUCGCAGUUCGAAUCAAUAGUUAACGAUUCCUCUUUGCAGACCGUCCGGCAUUCCUGUAAUCAGUCGCUGAAUGGCUCUCUCUGCGCUACGUGCACCACAAGCCUAUCAAACCUCCAGGCGGCUUACCUGCGAGGCCCUCAGGUUGGGAACGUGUCUUCCUGUACAGGGUACCCCUCUAUCUAUGCUGCAGGAAUCGUUAAUGGCUAUGGGCCAACCGACAUGGGAACUGCCAUGUGUUUGUUCUCCCUUGAUUUCUCUUCCUCUGCUUCGAGCAGCAAGGGACACACGACCCUUAUUUAUGGGGUUACGAUCGGUGGCGGUGUUGGCUUGCUUGGUUUAGUUGUGGGCUUUUGGUUUCUAUGGAAAUGGCACAAGAAACGGAGGAGGAAGAGGAAGAGGAAGAUGGUUGCGAAGUUUGGUCAGGCGAGUUCAGUUUCUGGGUUGGAAUCGAUCAGUGGGAGUACGACUCUUAUUAAGUUCACAUUCGAGCAAAUCAAACUAGCUACGAGGAAUUUCUCUUGGGAUAACAUAAUUGGCAAAGGAGGCUACGGGAAUGUUUAUAAGGGAAUUCUAGAGGAUGGGUCUGAGGUUGCAUUGAAGAGGUUCAAGAACUGUUCUGCUGCUGGGGAUGCAGAUUUCACCCAUGAAGUAGAGGUUAUUGCUAGUGUUAGGCAUGUAAACCUUGUUGCUCUUAGAGGAUACUGCACUGCAACUACUCCUUAUGAGGGUCACCAAAGGAUAAUCGUCUGCGAUUUGAUGCGCAAUGGAAGCCUCCAUGACCAUCUAUUUGGAUCAUCAGACAAGAAGCUUAGUUGGCCUGUCCGCCAGAAAAUUGCACUUGGGACGGCGAGGGGGUUGGCUUACUUGCAUUAUGGGGCACAACCAGCUAUCAUCCACAGGGAUAUUAAGGCUAGUAAUAUCCUCUUGGAUGAGAAGUUUGAGGCCAAAGUGGCAGAUUUUGGCUUGGCCAAGUUUGCACCGGAGGGGAUGACCCAUAUGAGCACUAGGGUGGCUGGGACACUUGGUUAUGUCGCACCUGAGUAUGCUUUGUAUGGGCAAUUAACAGAGAGAAGUGAUGUUUACAGCUAUGGGGUUGUGCUUCUUGAGCUUUUGAGUGGGAAGAAAGCACUUGUUAGUACUAAGGAUGGCCAGAACUCCCUUGUGGCAGAUUGGGCUUGGUCCCUGGUGAUAAAAGGGAGACCUUUGGAUGUUAUUGAGGAUGGCAUGCCUGAGAUGGGUGCUAAAGAAGUCAUGGAAAAGUAUGUCCAGGUUGCUGUUCUUUCUUCUCAUCCACAAUUAUCAAAUAGGCCAACUAUGGAUCAGAUUGUGAAGAUUUUGGAAACUGACAUUCCAGUUCCCCCAAUACCCGAACGUCCUAUUCCUCUUGUAGCGGAGAUUAGUGAGAUUGAGAGAUCAGCAAGUAGUAGUGGUUCAGGUUAGCUGUCUACUUCUGCUGGCUAUCAGUCCUUUACCAUAGAGCAACAAUUUAAGUUCUGACCACUGGGCAGAAGAAGAAACCUCAUCAUCGAUCAAGAGCCAAAUGAUGGAAUGAGAUAGUCUUAUAUGAAGUUAUCAUCACCAACUCUCCAAUUUGCUUGCUUCCGUUCAUGGUAUGCUUGCCCUGCUUCAUUUGUGGUUUGGAACAUUGACUUAUUCAUGAAUAGGAAUUGUGACUGUUGUAAAGACAAAAUGCAAGAAAAUUCUUUUUUCUGUUAAGAGAAAUAGGCAAUAAAUUGUAGAUAUGUUCAUGGUCAAGCUCCUUUAUUUGUUCAUUAUUGUAAUUUUUCCUUUGAUAAAAUCUAUAUGUUCUUAACUUAGGCUCUUGAGGGCUAACCGUUGAGACAAUGUUGGUCUUACAAUACUAUUUGAAGUAUGACAAUUCAGGAUGGUUCACAUGAAAGCUUAAUUAGAA